GGGUUCAGUUGCAUUUGAGAGGUGGGAGUUAGCGACGUUCGGAAGAUGACUGUUGUGGCGCAUAUUCUGGUGGCUUUUCUCUUUAUUAUUGGAGGCUGUUUUCCAUUUUUUAUCCGUAAAGAGAAGAUAAGAUGUCGGAGGAAAGGAAAGCCUUGCUCGUGUAGAAAUUCACAAACAUCAAGUGAAGAAUCGAUCGACUCCAUCGACAGUAUGUCCGUCGUAGAGCCGACCACAUGGCACAUGCCUCCCAAAGGAAGAAAGCGAACUCGCACGAUCUCUGGAGCUUCAAACUUUUCUGGUGUAUCCACGAUGUCAACGUUAAGUGAAAAAGACAGAAUGUGGCUUCAAGCUUUUCGCUAUGCAGGAAGAUGAGAUCAGUAACGAAAUGAAUAUUCCCAACGGAAGCGUCCCUUUGUUUACGUCUAUUUUGUUGCAAAGGUAAAAUGAAGGAAAUAUUUAGCGAGAGUGAAACGAUUGUUCGGAUUACUCUGACUUUGCUUGCUGUUAAACACAAGAAUCAAACAUGACUUUGAUACUGCAAGAACUUUCAAACUGCUUAUUACAUAGGAAGUUACAGUUAGUGCAUGUACGUUGACUCCAAGCGAACACUGUUCGUUGUGAAUGAUCGAAAAUAUGCAAAUGUUGUGAACAUGUUUUACUAUACGAAUUAAUGGCGCUCCCUUUCAUGAGCGAUUGUUUCGUUAUUUAAAAAGUUCUUUUUUGGCGCAUGUAAAGAAAAAUCGAUGAUUUAAUGUAAUUUUCGAAUACAGGUUAGAUAUACUUACAGAGCGAGGAAAUCAAUUCUUUCGUCGGAGAGAUUUUGUUGUAGGUGGUGCCCACCAUAUUGUCAAGUGAAUUAUGUAGUCGGUUUUAAGAAGCGAACGCCACCGUUGCAGUUGAACAAUGGUUAAAGAAGUAAGGACAAUUCUUUGUAAAUAUUUUCGGCCGUUGAAUUCUGUUGUAAAAUUUGUAAAAUGAUGUGUACAUUGACUCUUGAGAAAUUCAUGUUAUUUUCCGCGGAGGAUUAAACAAAUGAAGUUACUAGCAAUGGUUGUUGCUAUAAUGAUUCCUAUCCCAGGGCAGAGGUUGGAAAAUAUACCGGGGAAUAGACUUGGCAAUACGCGAGGAAAACGCCAUAACGGGCCCAUCUGAACGCUUGGCAGUUGUGAACGCCCCUUUAUUUAUUUCCAGACCAUACUUAAAAUUCCUCUCGUACGCGCGCUGGCAAGAAGCCGGAAAAAAGAUUCUUUCCGAUUCCUGUUAGUAUUUUAUAUCAAAAAUACCGGUUACGCCACCAUCCUGUGAGCAUCAUGUGACAAAUCAUUAUUUAUUGAUCAAUGAAAGGAAUUUCCCGCGUUUCGUUUUCAUUUUCAAUUUUAUUUCCGCCAAAAAAACAAGGUUUGUGCGGACUGGAGUCUGGAACCAACUCUGACAAAAAGAAAACAUGGCGACGUGCUUUGAGAACCACGAAGACCUAAAUCAAGUGAGAAGCAUGCUUUCUCGAAUAGCAAGGAGCGAUGCUGUUGUAAAAAGUCAGCAGAGAGGUGAACCUGAUUUGACUUUAGAUGAAAAGGUUGGUAUUUUGGAAGAGGUUUUGGAGAGAACACCCAGCUCCUUUCUUAUGCGAUUUGGAAGGUAUCUUGCCGAAGAAGAUCUUCGAAAUUUUGAACAUUUGAAGGGAGAUUAUGAAAUAGACUUUCGCUUGGCAGAAGUGAAAAAUAUCAUUGAUAGUAAAAAAACAAAAACAGGAAUCCGGAACAGACGUUACGAAUGUCUACAGAGAUUAAUGAAAGACUCGGAUUAUUUCAGCGAGGCGAACAUGAGAAAAAGGUCUCCUUUACUUUACGAAGAGUAUAUAGGUCAGUAUCUAACCGAGGAAGAAAAGCUUGACAGAGAUAGGACUGAAAUGGGAGGUGAUCCAUGUUUGUCUGAACUGAUAAUGAACAGGCAGGAGAAAGAAAUGAAUGACUGGUUACUUGAGUAUCAAAGAGAUCAGGAAGCAUCUAUCGAGGAAGAGGAGGAGAAGGAGGAGGACUUGGAGAGUAACAGUUCAACCGACAACGGUGAGUACAUUUUUUGUUUAGCAGAUUGUGUUGAUCUAGAAAAUACCUGUACUUCUUCCAUGUUGGGUUAUUUGGUUUGAACCCCUCCAUCCUGGAAAUUAUGGGUUUGUUUAUUCUUUACUCCCCCUCCCCCAACCCUCCUUGAGGGCCUGUGGGUACAGACAUUUUCUGGAGCCACACAUCUGCAUCCCAAAAUGCUAGAAACCAUAAAACGAGUUGAGGCUACUGUAGACCUUCAAGGGCAGAUUUAGUCCAAAAUAUUUUUUCAUGCCAAAUUCAAGACUACUACUUAAUCUAAAUUGAUUUUCUAAAAAAAAAAUAGUUUAAAAACUUUAACACGAACGAGUUAUCCAUAAUCAGAAUGUGUCAACCACUGAGUUGAGGAGUAACAAUUUUCACAGCAAUUUCAUGUUAAACGAUGACAAACUUGUACUCUUGUACGAUUUGAACUGGUCUAAUGAUCUCGACCAACCUUAUGAUUCCUUUCCUGAUUAUAACUUCGAUGGUUUGAAGACGACGAGUGCCUGUCCAAAUUUCGCUUCCACAAACGCAACUUGCCCCUUCUCACUGAGUUGUACAAUGAAGUAAAUGAACUUAUUAUCAGCAGCAGUGUGCCGACUGAUAAAGAUCCAAGUAAACCACUGAUCUUACGACUGAAAAUGGAAACAGCUACACAAGUUUUAAUGGUGUCUACGCUUUUAAAUGUGUUAGAAUUUCACCAUAAUGAGCCAUUUGACAUUUGAAAACUUCUUGAAAGGAAAAAUUGCGAGUGAAAUUCGUGUAAGUUGUCUUUAUUUACAUAAGCUUUCAAAAAGGUAUUUCACGGUACUCACAUGUUUGCCGACUGGCUUGAGUUUGCUUCAGAUUUCUCGACGUUCCUUUAAAAUGAAAUAUCUCACAUUACGAGAGAAAACAAGCAUUAAAGUUCCUCGAAAUUAGUAACACGGGUUAUUUAGCGUUGACACAGCUCAGAGGAAACGAAAGCGAAAACUCACGUUUUCAAACAACGCAAAAUGAGCUUCACUCACGUCAGGCCUGAACGCAGAAUGUCACCCUGUUUCCCUGAUCUCAUGGCGUUCCCAUUGCUGUCCGCGUUGUUGUUGCUUAAAGUCCCUUUUCUCACACAGAAAUCUUCGCUUUCGUUAAUUGUAGUUGUGUCUUAAGUGAUAUACUGGGCGAUUUUGUACGGUCUUCACAUUCCCAAAUUUGAAAGCAAGCGCUCAUUUAGUUUAAUCUAUAAAUAUCCGCUCUCGAUUUGGCUCUUUGAAUAGGUCUGUUCAAGGACUAUUUCGCUAUCGUUUCUCUUUUUUUCCUUUUCCUUCUUUUCCAAGUAUCUGCUGAUUCAGUUUACAAGCUGAUGAAUAUUUCGUGGUAGACUUCACUUUUCCUGAUGUAAUAUUUCCUGUAAAUUAUAAACAACUGUUCCUGGGAAGCCUUCUUGUAGCGUUCUUCGUCACGAGACUCUGGAGAGUUCUAAGUCUCUUGUCACUGGUUGGUGGCAUGGCUGCAUUGACAACCGCUUCAGUGAGGUGUGAAAACUGUGAAUUUCUUUUGAGGUCGAAAACUUGAGGUUUAUUUUUUGUGUGAAUUAUCUCUGUUCAGAUGAAGUUAUAGGAUAUGUAGAUUUAUCAGAUUUUCACGAGACUUGGCCAAAAUGUUCAUCAGAUAUAAGCGCACCAAAUGGUGUGAAGCUUUUACAAAAAUUGAAAUAUUUUUCCUGUGAUGUCCCAUCAAGUAACAACAGUCAGAAAAUUUUCUAUUGUUUUACGUUGAAAGGGACUGUCUAAGCAACCAAUAAAAAUAUUGAAAAAGUUUGGAUGUCCAUGAUAGCACAAAGGCUGGUAAUUUAGUUAGCAAGUAUGGUCAGUUUUGUGUUUUAAGGCUUGCACAUGCCUACCAAAACAAAAAUUGGCAAAAUAUAUUGUUAUUUUUGGAUUCUACAAUUUGUUAGCUUUAGAAUGAUAUAUAGUUUAAAGAGGUUUUCUUUAAUGCAGCGCACAAAGAAAGUAUUUUCCGGAAGGCACCCUUGAAGGUCUACGGUAACAUUGAUGAAAUAAUGGGACGACUAAAUAAGUGUGUCAAUAAGCAUCUUUCCUUCGUGGCACUUAAUAAUCACGGUGCACUGCUAAUCUUGUUUAGUGCUUUAACACACAUGUACAGUAUCUUAGGAGACAAUAAGUGCACAGCUCACUUAUUUCCCAGAAACUUACUGGGUAUGUUACAGAUUAUAGAUUUUUGUCAGCAACCUUUAUUUAAUCAGCUAUAUAAAUGGGUGCACAGGCAGAAAUAAUGGAUGGAGUUACCAGGGUGACAAGUAUGGUGGAACACCCUUAUGGGGGCAUGUUUGAAAGACUUGUGAAUGAGUAUUUGCAAUUGUUGGGAUGGUGUUGUAAUAAUAUAUAUAUA